CACUACUGGGUGCACAAAUCGCAAUCGCACUCGAAACAGAACACUUCAUCUCACUGCAAUCAAACCCUAGACCAAACAAAAAUGGGUGAACUCAAAAACCAUGAAGAUAACCCUAACCCUGAAGACGACGACACCAACAACCACCUCCCUAAAAAACCCAAACCAUCCUUCAUAACCCAACACGAAGUCCACCACGAAUUCGCCCACCACGAGCCCACCGUCGCCCGCAUAAACAACGGCAGCUUCGGCAGCUGUCCAGCCUCCAUAAUCGCCGCUCAACAACACUGGCAGCUCAAAUUCCUCCAACAACCAGACGAUUUCUUCUUUAACACGCUUCCUUCUCAAAUCCUCCGUUCUCGAACCCUAAUUAAAGACCUAAUUAACGCCGACGACGUCACCGAAGUCUCCAUCGUCGACAACGCCACCACCGCCGCCGCCAUCGUCCUCCAGCACGUCGGCUGGGCCUUCGCCGAAGGCCGGUUCAACAAAGGCGACGCUGUUGUUAUGCUUCAUUGUGCGUUUCAAGCUGUCAAGAAAUCCAUCGAGGCUUACGUCACUCGCGCCGGUGGUGACGUCAUCGUGGUACAUUUACCUUUUCCUGUUAAUAGUAAUGAAGAGAUUAUUGCUCAGUUUAGGUUAGGGUUAGCGAAAGGGAAGUUGAACGGUAGGAAAGUUAGGUUAGCGAUUAUUGAUCAUAUAACAUCGAUGCCGUCAGUUAUCAUUCCGGUUAAGGAGUUGGUGAGGAUUUGCAGGGAGGAAGGUGUGAGUCAGGUGUUUGUGGAUGCGGCGCACGCUGUUGGGAGUGUGCCCGUGGAUGUGAAGGAGAUCGGUGCGGAUUUUUAUGUUAGUAAUUUGCACAAGUGGUUCUUUUGUCCGCCGUCUGUCGCGGUGUUGUACUGUCGGAAAUCGUCGUUGUCAUCGGAUUUACACCAUCCGGUUGUGUCACAUGAGUACGGAAACGGAUUAGCGAUAGAGAGCGCGUGGAUUGGGACGCGUGAUUACAGUUCGCAGCUGCUUGUUCCGGAGGUUGUCGAUUUUGUCAACAGGUUUGAAGGUGGGAUUCGUGGGAUUAUGGCGAGGAAUCACGAUGCGGUAGUGGAAAUGGGAAUGAUGCUUGCGAAAUCGUGGGGGACGAUAUUGGGUUCGCCUCCGGAAAUGUGUCCUAGUAUGGCGAUGGUCGGGUUGCCUUCGUCUUUAGGGGUUUUGAGUGAUGAUGAUGCAAAGAAUUUGAGAGUUCAUUUGAGAGAUCGGUUUAACAUUGAAGUUCCUAUACAUUAUCAGCCGUUGAAAGACGCGGAGGUUGGACCGAGGGAUGAAAGUUCUGGUUUUAUAACAGGGUAUGCUAGGAUUUCUCAUCAGGUUUACAACACGGUUGAUGAUUAUCUCAAGUUUAGGGAUGCGGUCAACCAGCUUUUGCAGGAUGGUUUUAAAUGCAAAAUGCUGAGUUCCAGAGAUUAAUAAUAAAAUCUGUAUGUUAACAUCCUUCCUUCUUUUUCAUGUUUUUGAUUCCAGAAGAAAGAACAUAAGUCAUAAAGUUUGUGAUAUAUUAUGUAGAAUAUGUGCUCUGCACCGAGUUGUUUGUACGAGGAUGCUAGUGUUUUGUACAACAACGAUGUUUUUUACAUGAUAUUAAUCUCAAAGGCCCGGGCUUUUUCUAAUAUA